AUGGUAGUCAAGGUCUUCCAUGGUGCAGUCGUCCACUCUAUCAGCCUAGGAGAACUCGAGAUUGUGGAGAAUGGAACGCUUGUUGUUGACGCAGCCGGUGUGAUAGUCGCAUUCGAAAGGUCAGGAAAUCAAGAGCUAUCCAUCCCGGAGGACCCCCAAGUACACCAUCUGGAGCCAGGAGAAUUCCUCAUUCCUGGCUUCGUCGACACGCACAACCACGCGCCGCAGUGGCCGAUGCGCGGCUUAGGGCAAGGCCUACAUAUCCUUGAAUGGUUGAAUCAAGUCACCUUUCCCAUCGAAGCGCGCUUCGCCGAUGCCACUUACGCUCGCAGGACGUACGAGAACACGGUCUCUGACUUCCUCAGACAAGGCAUCACUACAGCAUCGUAUUACGGCUCGCGGCAUGCAGAGGCGACGUGUAUUUUGGCCGAGAUAUGUCUUGAGAAAGGGCAGCGCGCCUUUGUCGGCAAGUGUAACAUGGACCGCAAUGCCCCCGAGUAUAUCUGCGAGCAAAGCGCCGACGUCUCUUUGCGCGAAACCCAGGAUUGCGUUGCGCACAUUCGAAAACUGCCAGGCUGUGCCGAACCGAAACAUGCAUUGGUCAAGCCCGUUUUGACUCCUCGCUUCGCCAUUUGCUGUACUUCGAAACUUCUCUGCGGCCUCGGGAAUAUGAUGAAGAAAGACAAAGACCUGGCAAUGCAGACGCACUUCAACGAAGCGCAACAGGAAAUCGACGCUACCAGGGGGCUAUUUCCAGUCCUCGCUGCAAAAAGUGAGGCCGAUCUAUAUGAAAGCUUUGGCCUUUUGUGUCCAAGAUCUGUUCUUGCACACUGCACCAUCAUGACCGAUUACGACAUGGAAAGGGUGAAGGCGCUUCAAUGCGGCGUAGCUCACUGUCCUAUUGCAAACAUGACAGUCGGUGGUGGUUUCAUGGUCGCUCCCGUACGAGAUUUCCUGCGACGCGGCAUCAAGGUUGGACUUGGCACUGACAGCGGUGGUGGAUGGGCCUCACAAAUGCUCGCAGUCAUUCGCCAGGCAAUGAUCGCUUCCAACGCACGAGAAGUCAUGUCUCAGGGCGAGGACAAAGGUCUUUCGUUAGAGGAAGUAUUCUACCUUGCGACUCUCGGAGGUGCACAGGUCAUGUGUCUCGAUGAUAGCAUUGGCAAUUUCCAGGUUGGGAAGCAGUUCGACGCGUCGUGGAUAUCGACCACGACAGGUUUACAAUCAGCAAUGACACCGCGUGAGGAAGGAGACUCGUUUCGGACGAUCUUUGAGAAGUACAUCAUGUCAGGUGACGACCGCAACAUAGCACAUGUUUAUGUGCGUGGUCGUAGGGUGGCGGGAUCCCAUCAGGAGUUGCGGGAAGUGGAGGGUUGUAAGAGGGAAUGA